AUGACUUCUCCAACUCCAGUGGCACUUGGACACGAUGUGCCGACGGAGUACAUUCGCACUCUCGAUCCGAAGCUACUUCCGCCACGAGUGGGGCACAAUUGGCUCGAUCCGGCAUUCCGUAAGGUGCAGGACAAGCCGCAGCAGUUGGAAUUGGAGUUUCGUGGAAAGCGGGCAUUUACCGCAAAAGGGAUUUACGACCAUACCCCACCUAAGGGACUGGGAUUGACGGCGCAGCAGCUUCUUCAUGCUCUAUCGACACGGAGAAAGGGUGGCAUUGAAGCUGAUCGGCGUGCUCAAUACACAACGCUUUCAGACAAAGUGCUUCGCUUCUACGCCUUUUUUACAGAAAAAGCGCCGGAUGGAUGUAUAGAGGAUUACUGGCACCGUCGCGUCGUUAUACACUUCUUUCCAGAGGAUAACACGGUUUUAAUACAAGAGCCGUGUAUUCCGAACAGUGGACUAAGUGGGGGAACGUUUCUUAAGCGUCAGUCGGUGCGUGCUGAUCCACGGCAACGAGAGGAAUUUCCUGAUGAAGAGUUUCUCUCACUCAAUCACUUCAAUGUGGGUCGAUCUGUGCGCAUUAAUGCCGUUGAGUUUUUCUUGUAUGACUGCGACGUGUUUACAAGAGAGUUUCUCACUGCCCUCGGUGUGGACGUUGGUUCCCCUGUGUCGUGUCCGGAUUCUUCAUUUAUGAGCGAUUGGAAAAAAUACCAGGAACGAAUGUUGUCUGGCAAGUUCGGCAUUCUUUCACAGGAAUACCACGGAGAUGAAGCGGUCCGUGCGGCACGCUUUGUGCAUGACAGCGGGAAAGUUUUGCGCUUUUACUCUCUUUUGGAUGAGCGUAACAAGGUGCCUGUGGGUAUUGUUCGGAAGCUCGAGGUGUUGUACUUCGUGGAGGAUGACUCCAUUGCGGUGGUGGAGCGUCCCACGUCAAACGAGGCUGUUCCUUCGCUCUUUCUGUCGCGUGGAUGGCUACCAAAAGUGGGAUCCAUUGCCAAGGCAAAUGAGCUUACCUUUGCCCAUCGUGUAAACGGCAUGCGGCAACCAUACAUUGGGCCCGAAGGACACUACACAGCAAUAGACUUGGGCGUGGGCAUUACUAUCAAUGUUCUUGGUCGGAGCGUAUUUUUGUAUGACUGCGACGAUUACACACGCUCGUACUACUUGGAAACAUAUGGUGUCAAGCUUUCGGAUGCAGUGGAUUGUAGUAUUGAUUACGGAAUCUCACCAGAAUCAAGAGUUACUGCCUUUCGGCUCACUUCUACACCUGCUUCUGUUCCUCUUACCGCCGUUGCUUCUACUGGGGGAGAGCACGCUUUUUUUUCAGAUAAACGGACAGGACCUAAAACAAAAGAUGUGCUUCGAUUUCUAUUACGUCUUGCUCCCCCGUGUUCCGUUGUUGAGCGUCAGCGGCGAUUUACUCUCACCUAUUAUACGGAUACAGAUGAUGCUAUGGUGUUUGAGUCGCCUGUCAGAAACUCCGGCUUUGUGGGGGGUUGUUUCUGCAGUCGAAGACGCCUGCCAAAGCAAGGGGGUGACGCUGAGGCCUACUACACCAUUUCAGACUUUUCUGUGGGUGGUUUUAUUGUGGUGAAUGGACAUAAAUUUGAGGUAAUGAACAUGGAUGAGCACACAAGGAACUAUUUGGCAGGGAAAAAUGAUCCCGUGAUGAAUGACGAGAGGCUGCAUUUGCUGAUUUCCGCCUUCCGCCUAUUUCUGGGUACGCGUUUUCACUCAUUUAAGGAUGCCUUUUUGGGAUUUGAUCGAGACAAGGAUGGAGUUAUAAGUGUUACGGAGUUUGUCGGACACCUGCAGGAUCUGCAGAUCACGGAGCGACGUCUGGACGGAGAGGCGCUUUUUAAUCAUAUUGCAUCAUGUUCAGAGACAGGCUACCUGACAAUGGAGGAUUUUGUGCGUUGGAUGUCUGAGACGGCAACGGACAAGGGCCAGAAGAAUUACGAGUCCAUUGAUGUAGAUGAGCGCGCGGUAAUGAGGAAGGCGCUACUUCAGCUUUGCGAACGACUUGAAGCUCGGUGCCUGAACAGUUUGCAGAUGUUUCGCCUCGCCUCAACGAUGCCGCGGGCGUACACGGAGCGCCGGGCGGACAUUUACUCCUUGGCAAACCCGCACCGCGACGCCCUUGUGACCCCAGUGCAGUUGCGCCGUUGCAUUGAGGAGGUACUGGGAGGCAACCCUUCGCCGCGUGAGAUGGAUGCACUCUUGUCAUUCUUUUUCCCACAAUUACCGCUUGAGGAAUACCGUAGCAGACGCGACGGGGAUCUCGAACAUGCUUUGGACCUUAAGGCAUUUCAGAAAAAGUACCACGAGAUGAAUAAGUUGCUCAUGCUGUCUGAACCGUCGAAACAGCAGCAGCAAACACAACAGCGGCAACAGGAGUAG